UGACGACGUGGUGUGUCACUGUGUUGCCAACUACCUCUCUUGCUGAAUACUUUAUGGUUUGAGUAACACUAGAUAAAUUGCUGCUGAAUGAACGAUGCCAACUACCUCUCUUGCUGAAUACUUUAUGGUUUGAGUAACACUAGAUAAAUUGCUGCUGAAUGAACGAUGCCAACUACCUCUCUUGCUGAAUACUUUAUGGUUUGAGUAACAUUAAAUAAAUUGCUGCUGAAUGAACGAAACGCCCUUCAGCUCGCGUCUGGAUUAGGUAUACACUUAUAUCUGACUGCUUAUUAUCCGCACUACUGGGAGAUAUUAAUCGAUUAGCAACACUAAUGGCCGCGGCGAGCAAAAACGGCAUGCGAGGGUUGAAUGACGACUGUUCCGAUGCAAAACGAAGAAAAGUCAACUCGGACGAUUCAAGAUACAUCGCUGCUCUUAUUCUCGCCCGUGGAGGGAGUAAAGGUAUCCCUCUGAAGAACAUCAAGAUGCUGGCAGGAGUUCCUUUGAUCGGAUGGGUGAUCAGAGCAGCGCUGGACUCUGGUGUUUUUGACAGUGUUUGGGUGUCCACUGAUCAUGAUGAGAUCGCGAGAGUGGCCAGGGCUUGGGGUGCUGAAGUGCACAGGAGGAGUCCAGAGGUGUCCAAAGACUCCUCAAGCUCACUGGAGACCAUUCAGGAGUUCAGCAGGCUAAACCCAGAUGUUGGUGUCAUCUGUAACAUCCAGGCCACGUCUCCAUGUCUGCACCCCCACCAUCUCAAAGAGGCUGUGGAGUUCAUCACCAAAGAAGGGUUUGAUUCUGUCUUCUCUGUGGUCCGGCGACACCAUUUCCGAUGGCAAGAGGUCGAGAAAGGAGAUGGCCAAUGUACUAAGGCUCUGAACCUGAACCCAGUUUGCAGGCCGCGGCGUCAGGACUGGGCAGGAGAGCUGUGUGAAAACGGCUCUUUUUACUUCACUACCAAAGAACUUCUAGAAAAGGGGCUUCUUCAGUCUCUGGUCUGGAGUGUAAAAAAAUAGUAAAACAGUGUGGAUAUUGAUGUUGACAUAGACUGGCCCGUAGCUGAACAGAGAGUGCUGAGGUUCGGUUACUUCGGUAAGGACAAACCUGAAGUUGUGAGACUUCUGCUGUGUAACGUCUCAGGAUGUCUGACAGACGGUCAGAUCCACAUCUCAGCAAAUGGAGAGGAGAUGGUGUCCAUCAACACCAGAGACCAGGCUGGCAUCGACUUGCUGAAGAAAGAGGAAGUGAAGGUUAUUUUGAUCGAAAAAGACCCCAUAACAAAGGCCUUAGCAGACAAACUCUCACAAAGAAUGGGCUGUCCACUCCUGCAGAAAGUGGAUGACAAACUGAAGAAGAUGCAGGAACUCAUGGAGAAAAAAGGAAUGGAGUGGAAAGAGGUGGCAUAUUUAGGAAAUGAUGAGGCGGAUAUAAAAUGCCUGGAACUGGCAGGGUUGAGCGGAGUACCCAUGGAUGCCCCAACGGUGGCGCGCAACCAUGCCAAAUACAUCUGCCGCAACACAGCAGGUCACGGAGCCGUGCGAGAGUUCGCCGAACACAUCCUACUGCUGAAAAAGAAGGCCAAGUCUCAGAUGGAGCAGGACAGAAUUUGCAGAAACACAUUUUAGGAGAGAUUGUACCACAGAGGUAUUCAGUCGGGCGAGAUUGUGAAACUCUAAUUAAAUAUUUAAGGGCAAGGGUGUUUUAAGAAUUUCCUUUUCAAGUUUUCUCUAAAAUGUUGAGAAUAAUUAUGUGAUAUAGUAAUGAU